AUGCGCUACGCCAGGUUCGCUGACCUCAAAGUCUGCGAGAAGCGUCUGCAGCUCCGGGAGAGGAGGCCGGCGCGGGAAAACUUCGCAGACAGUGUGGAUGAGGCCCUAAAUCGGGAGCGCGCCGUGCUAGAACGAGCUCGGCAGGACCUUCUGACCUUGGAGGCAGAGGCCCAGCGAUACCUGAGCGACCUCCAGGCCAUGCGCAUUGAGCUGUCCCGGGACACAGGGGCGCGGCGGCUGCAGGUGGAGAGCGAGCUGGCGCACAUGCGCAGCGCCACGGGGCCAUCCUUGCCGGAGGUGAACAAGCCAGCACACCAGGUUAUUAAGCUGCUCACCGAGGAGGAGGCCAAGUCCCUCAAGGAGCGUUCUGUUGCCGUCAUCGCCCGCUCGAAUCAGCUGCCUGGCCGAGCAGAGCGGCUGACCUUGCGCAUCCGUCAGGAGGGUGAGGGAUAG